AUGGCAAAAUUCUCAAAAUUGACUGUUCUCUUCAUUGUUGCUAUCCUCAUCAUUGGAACUCUCGCUUCCUUUGGAGCCACAGAAAAUUCUCGUUUAGUUGCUCGUCAAGACCCAGCACCAGCUGACGGUAAAGCACCAGCACCAGCUGACGGAAAAGCACCAGCACCAGCUGACGGUAAAGCACCAGCACCAGCUGACGGUAAAGCACCAGCACCAGCUGACGGUAAAGCACCAGCUGACGGUAAAGCACCAGCUGACGGUAAAGCACCAGCUGACGGAAAAGCACCAGCUGACGGUAAAGCACCAACUGCCGCCGGAAACAAACUUGAAAGUGGUUUAGUAACUGGAGCCGUUGUUGCCGGUCUUUCAGAUUGUUCCUGA